UCAAUUUUAAUACUUUAGCUCAGAACAUGGCCUCUGCCUGGACGGAAGAGGAGACCUUGCUCUGCUCCGUUUGCUUGGACAUUCUAAAGGAGCCGGCCACUUUACCAUGUGGUCAUUCAUACUGCCUGGUUUGCAUUCAGAGUCACUGGGACAAAAGAGACAGCAAUGGUCAGUACAGCUGCCCCCAGUGUAGGCAGAUCUUUAACCCUCGACCAUCGCUGGCCAAGAGCACUGUUCUUGCUGAGGUUAUGGAAAAACUAAGAACCAACAGCUUCAAGGGAAGUUCCUCUACCAGCGCCUGGUCCUCCUCCCCAGCUGGAGCGCCCAACUAUCUGGAGGUGCUGGGCAGCGUGUAUCCUCAUGCCACCACAGUCGACCCCAGGUGUUGUCCUCAUCACGGCCUUCCUCUGAACAUGUUUUGCCAUGAAGAUGGGACGUAUGUAUGUGAGGUGUGUUGCCAGAACGGACAUAAAGGUCAUCGUGUGGUCCGACCACAGGAAGAGAGGGAGCAGAGACAGAAAGAGCUUUUUCAGAGGCAGGCAGAGGUACAGAGGAGGAUUCAGGGCACAGAACAGAAGCUCAAAGAGCUCCCACCUUUGGCUCGCCAACAAAAGGCUUUGGUCCAGGCUGUGGGACAUGAGACCACAGAAUUGUUUUCAGAACUUGCCAAGAAUGUGAGUCAAACAGGCAGCCGAGUGAUUGAUCUCCUCAACAGCCAUGAGAUAUUUUUAGGCAACGUCAUUGAAGGGCAUGUGUACAAACUGGAGCAGGAGCGAGCACAGCUCCAGUGGAUGAGUGAAGAGCUGAGCAGGGUGGCUGCAAUUGAAGACAACAUCUGUUUCCUUAAGAACUUCUUCACCAUGGAGCCCCUGGCUCCAGUGAGUGCCCCAGAAGAGUCCAUGUUUAAUAAGGAGGAACUAGUGAUAGCCUCAAUCCGCUCAGCCACAAAAGAACUGCAAACUGCAGUUGAACUGCAAUGCAAAGCCAGCUUUGACAGGAUCAUGACGUUAGUGAACCCUGAUUUGUGGACUGUAGCACCUAGUGAUGAAGGAUCGUGUUCUUCUGGAGUAGAGAAAGAAAUGAACACUCUUCCACUGCCCCCUCCAAGACCCCAAGUAGAGGAACAAAUGAUAAACCGUCCACCGUCGCCCCCUCCAAGACCCCAAGAGGCUGAGGUCGGGUAUGACAACAAGGAACCACAGACGAGAGAAGAACUGCAGAAAUUUUACUUUGAACCCACCAUGGACCCUAACACAGCCUACCGUCAUGUGCAGCUGUCAGAUGGAGGUCAGAAGGCCACUUUGAGAGCUGAAAACUUGAAUCCACCAAAUCAUUUGGAUCGCUUCCAGUUCUGGAGACAGGUUCUGUGCAGAGAGCCAUUGGCUGGAAGCCCCUAUUAUUGGGAGGUGGAGUGGAAAGGCCAGAAGAUUUCUAUUGGGGUGUGCUACAAAGACAUGGAACGUAAGAGUUCUGAUGUCAGAAGCCGUCUAGGACAUAAUGUCCAGUCUUGGAGUCUGUACUGGUCUGGGACUGGCUUCUCCUUUUGGCACAAUGGGCAGGAAAAGCUCCUGGGCUCACCUAAGGCCAAACGGAUUGGUGUGUACGUGGACCAACACGUUGGGAUUUUAGCUUUUUACAGCAUCACUAACAAGCAGGCGGACCUCAUCCACUCCCACCACACCCAGUUCACUGGUCCACUCUAUCCAGGAUUCAGAUUUUGGUCAAUCCCAGGGGCCUCAGUGACUAUUUGCAAGAUGGAUUAAAUGCCUUGACAAGGUCGUAAAAUAAAACAAUAUCACAGAUUGAACUGUAAAUGUUUUGUUUGUUUAUGUGGAAGCAUUUAAAUAAAAGUUGCAUUCAA